GAAUAUUGUCAAAUACUCAAGAAAGACAUGGCAAAAAGAAAAAAAAAAGAAAAAGAAAAAUUGAAACAAGAAAGGAGCCUCCAUUUCAAUUUAACGUGCUCUUAAUUUGAGCCCUUAAACCCUAAGAUUGCUGUAAACCCCAAAGCCUGCCAUUCCCAAUUCUCCUCACUCUCUCAUCAAUGGCUCGCCUGAUCCGACCUUUGAGGAAAACCCUUCAUUCUAUUUCAUCAACUUCUUCUUCUUCCUCUUCCAAAACUAUGCCUUUACUGCAACUUCCCCUCUUAAAUCCCCAACUCUCUCCUCAAUCCCCAAGAACAUACAUUUCUGAAAUGCGCAAAUCCGCCUUCGAUGGAAACCUUCAAAGGCUACUCCGUAAUGAGAUCCAAUACGAAUUGGAGGCCUCUCCUCCUGACCAGCCAGUUACAAAAUUUGAUUCAUUUACAAUUGAUAACCGACCUGGAGAGCAAUGGGUUAGUUUGAAAAGAAAAUUUGAGGAUGAAGACAUUAAAAUUGAAGCUACCAUGUUUGAUGGGGUUGUUACUUCUUCAAAAACUGGUGCACCUGUUGUUGGAAAAGAUGAUGUGGAGUUUCACAUUAGCACGAUUGUUAACAUUACCAAAGAGGGAAGUGGUCAUAUGGUUGAGGUCAUGUGCUCGGCUUGGCCAGAAGAAAUAGAGAUCGAUAGUGUUUCGAUUCGAAAACAAGAAAAUGUGCCUGCUAAGCAUUAUCCUGGCCCUGUAUUCAAGGACUUGGAUGAUGAACUUCAGAACUCACUGUAUGAUUUUUUGGAAGUGAGAGGCAUAGAUGAUCAAAUGGCUGUGUUCUUGCACCGGUACAUGAAGAACAAAGAUAAAACUGAGUUUAUUAAAUGGAUGGAAACUGUGAAAUCCUUUGUUGAAAAGCAGUAGAGUUGUUGAAUCAGUUUUAUUUUGAACUUUGGAUAAGGAUGUAUAAACUUCAUUUGCAUUGGUUAUUGGAAAUUUAAUUUAACAGAAUCUGCACACACAUAUAUAUAUUCCUUUUUCAAUAAAUAAGAAGUUUUCUCACCAAUUAUGU